UCCCCGUUUCACGGGUCUUUGUUUCUGAUCUGUUAAAUCCCACCCACUUGACAUGAACACAGAGAAAAAAAGUGAAAAUCAUUCACACUGCCCAUGCUGACAGCGCCUAGUCGCUGUUGUCUUAACUGUCUGCUGGAUCAGAACCAUGGAGACGGAGAGCUGCUUGCCUUUCUCCGCGCAGAGCGCUGGAAGGACACCGACAAACUCUCCGGGCCUGGAGCAAGGUGGUGGUGGUGGCGGGGGACCCGGCUCUUUUCUCCCCUGCAAUGGGCUGCAGAAACCCUCUCAUAUCCUUCCCCCGCCUCCUGCUGCGUCUCUAACUCACCGCCACGGCCUGUGCGGGGAACUGUAUGCCGCCAUGGGCAGGUUUGGUGAUGUCGCGGGUGCGGAUUUUACGCACGGCUCUGCGCCCGGCUCUGCGCCGAAACUUAAGUUCCUGGACGGUUUGAACCCGGAUCACAAAGCGGCAAUAAGCGACAAAGCGGUGUUUUAUGAAAGCAGUUCGGAAGCCAGAGAGAAAGGAGCUCUAAAAGCAAUGAUCUAUCCUGGGAUCGGUCCAGAGUGCUGCAGCAAACUGAAGGAGCAGAGUGUCAGCAUACAGGGCGACUCCAUCGCUGACUCCAUAGACUUAUCAGGAAAAAGCAAGAAGCGGCGCAAUCGCACCACCUUCAGUACUUUUCAGCUGGAGGAGCUGGAAAAGGUGUUUCAGAAGACACACUAUCCUGAUGUGUAUGCCCGAGAGCAGCUGGCUCUGAGGACGGAGCUCACUGAAGCACGGGUUCAGGUGUGGUUCCAGAACCGUAGAGCCAAAUGGAGGAAACGGGAACGCUAUGGGAAGAUCCAGGAAGUCCGAAACCACUUUGCAGCUUCUUAUGAUAUUUCUCUUCUUCCUCGUCACGAAGCAUACCAGAUGCAAGGCAACCUGUGGCCGGCAGCUGCUUCAGGUGGAGGCACUUCAGGUGCAGCCUGUGUCCUAGGAGCUGAAUCCAUCUCAUCAUCUUGCAUGGGUCCAUAUUCUCACCCCCACAGCAACCUGCAGGGCUUCAUGAGCAUGCCCACCUCCCCAAGCCACCCACACCACCACCACACACCGCAUCAUCACAGCAUCAACAGCCUUUACUCCCUCCACAGCUUCCCCGGAAGCCUUGCGCCACCUUCUAUUGAGGGGCCAGAAGGUGACUACAAACCAACUGGUUUGGUGGCGCUGCGUAUGAAAGCCAAAGAGCCGGGCAGCAUUAUCUCCUGGCCCACAUGACCACCAAUGAUCCCACUAAAAUAUACUGACUGAGCCAAAACAUACAUAGUACCAGAAACACACACCAUCUGCGUUUCACUUAUAUGCAGUUGCUUUUAAUGUUGGGCAGCUUUCCCAGACUACCUGUGGAAAAGUGAUGGAAGUUUAUAAAAAAAAACUGAUGACUGUUUUGUUACCAACUUAAGCUUUUUUAUUACUAAAACCAAAGAGGAGCACAUUAUUUAAACAUGUGGAAACUGUAAUGAUGAUAUUAAUCAAUGCUGAUCAGUAAUAAAGUUUCCAUUUAUAUAUACGCUGUCGGCCAGGAUACAAGUUUUGGCUUCAGACGGGAGAAAAAAGGAAUCCGCUGGAUCAAGUUCUGCUUCAAGAUUGCUC